GCGACCACGACCCUACCACGUACAAGCUAGGCGCAUGCACUUGCUUCGUCUCCUGCUCUCGCCUUCUUCGCGUAGCCCAUCCAUCGGCCACCUCCUCCAAUUCGAGCUGCUCAUGCUCGUACAUGACAUCGAGCCUGACAGUUACUAGUUCUUGUCCAUCUCCAUCCUGUAAAGGUCUUGCCUUUCCCCUCUUCGAGUCUUCCAAUUGGGCGGCGGCGGCAUGGAGGUGCACACGGCUCCGGCGGUGGCGAAGCGGAUGUGGAGCUACCUGCGCGCGGCGUUCUUCAUGAUGCGCAAGGGCGUGCUCUCCAACAAGCGCAAGCUGCUCGUCAGCAUGCACCUCCUCAUGAAGCGACGCAACAAGGCCGUCGCGCGCACCAUCACCAGCCUCCUCUCCCACCACGGCCACCAUCACGGUGCCCACGGCAACGCGCUGCGCCGCCGCGACUACGAGUUCUCCUGCAGCAACAGCCCCGGUCCCGCGGGCUCCUUCUCGGCCUCCAGGCACCGACUCGCCUACUUCCCCUGCCUCGGCGCGGUGUCUGAGGAGGAGCUCCGCGCGGACGUCGCGUCGCCCGCGCCCCUCGCCAGGAUCGAGUACUACGCCGCCGCGGCCUCCCCGUCGCCGUCGUCUCCAGGGCUCCUACUGCGGGAGCUCGCACCUGGGGAGGAGUACUGCACGUCGCCCGCGCCGGGCGCCGGCGCCGGGUUCUCGGUGCGGGUGUCGAACUACUCGUCGGAGGAGGAAGGGGGCGGUAGCGAGGCCGUGGACGACGAGGCGGAGGAGUUCAUCCGGCGCUUCUACGAGCAGCUGCGACGGCAGAACACGAUCGCCCUGCUCCCCUACCUGCAGGAAUCCGCCGCCUGAUCACGCGAACCUUCUGGACACCCUUGUCAAGCACGCGCGCGCGCAUCGACUCGCAUGGAUGGCCACGUGAAUUGAUCAACCAUGCAUGGGCGCGCGCGCGGCACCCAACUUGGAUGGAUUGCUUGGUGUGCAUGCAUGCAUGGAUCAUGCAUGAUCCAUAUGGAUGGACGUACAGUACGUACAGUGUAUGUACAUAUACACGUGGCUACGUUUUUGCAUGUAUAUAUGUACGUAUAAUGUGAAGGAAGAUACAUAUGAUGUCGAGUCCCCAUGGUUUUGGUUGCUGGGACUGAUGCUCAGCUCGCUGCUGGAUAGCUUUCAGUUACAUUGUGUAUUGAAUUUUUUUAAACCAUAGUUGCCAUAUAUUGAACUUUUUUUUCCUUGUGUGUGUUGUUUGUAAGAAUAAUAUGUCAUAUCCCUCGAUGUAACAUAUCAUGCAUGUGGAAUAAUGUAUGCCAAGUACAGUCGUUUUCCACUUUAAA